AUGGCUGCCCUCAGACCUCACAUGAAGCCCAAAAUCAUCAAAAAGAGUACCAAGAAGUUCAUUGGGCACCAGUCAGACCAAUAUGUCAAAAUUAAGCUCAACUGGUGGAAACCCAGAGGUAUUAACAACAGGGUGCAGAGAAUAUUCAAAGGCCAGAUUUUGAUGCCCAACUUUGGUUAUGAGAAAAACAAGAAAACAAAGCACAUGCUGCCUGGUGGCUUCCGGAAUUUCCUGGUCCACAAUAUCAAGGAGCUGGAAGUGCUGCUCAUGUGCAACAAAUCUUACUAUGCUGACAUUGCUCACAAUGUUUCCUCCAAUAACUGCAAAGCCAUCAUUGAAAGGGCAGCCAAACUGGCCAUCAGAGUCACCAAUCCCAAUGCCAGGCGGAGCAAUGAAGAAAAUGAGUGGACAGUUCACACGCACAUUUUUUGUGUGCUUAAAUAA